UGUAAAAACACUAGAUUAACCUAAGCCGGUCCUUUAUAUGCUUUAGGCUAAAGAACACACGAUACCCACAGAAAUUUACGUUUUGUCACAAUUUUAUCAAGACGGCUUUAAUACGCCAUAUAUAGUACAGUUAACAUUUCAUUCAGCUGGAUGUCGUUUACCGCUUAAAAAAAUCCCGACACUUGACGAUUGUACCGGAAGACGGCAGAGCCUUGGCUAACACAGAUGACUCUGUCGUGCACAUAGCAACGUUACAUAUAAACGAAGACUGACAGCUGAUGACGCGCGCUUUGUCAAAAUAACUUUAACGGAUCCACAACACAUUUUAAGAAAAUGAUCCCGGAGCUGUCCAAGCCCUCUGUGUGUAUGAGGGACCCUCAGAGGGUACAGGAGAUCCUACAGUCCAUGGUGAAGGCUGGCUCCAACACCGUACAGGUGAUCUCCGAUUUUGACAUGACCCUAACCAGAUUUGCGUACAAUGGCAAAAGGUGCCCUACGUGUCACAAUAUUCUUGACAACAGCAAACUGAUCUCCGAUGACUGCAAAGAAAAGCUGAAGAAGCUGCUCAACACAUACUACCCCAUAGAGAUUGAUUCUUCACGGUCAAUAGAGGAAAAGUUGCCCCUUAUGGUGGACUGGUGGACUAAAGCCCAUGAACUACUGGUACAGCAGAAGAUCAGGAAAGACCUGCUGGCCAUGGUGGUACGGGAGUCUGAUGCCAUGCUGAGGGAAGGUUACCAGCUUUUCUUUGAUCACCUGCAUGAGCACAGCAUCCCUCUGCUCAUCUUCUCCGCUGGAAUAGGGGACAUCCUGGAGGAGGUGAUUCAACAGGCUGGGGUCUUCCACCCCAAUGUCAAAGUCUUCUCCAACUACAUGGACUUUGAUGAGUGUGGAGUACUGAGGGCCUUCAAGGGAGAGCUGAUCCACAUCUACAAUAAAAGGGAAGGCGCCCUGCUCAACACGGGCCAUUUCCAGGAGCUGCGGACACGGCCUAAUGUAUUACUGAUGGGGGACUCUCUGGGUGAUCUGACCAUGGCUGACGGGGUGCAGGACAUGGAGAACAUCCUCAAGAUCGGGUUCCUCAAUGACAAGGUGGAGGAGAGAAAGCAGUCAUACUUGGACUCAUAUGACAUUGUGUUGGUAAAAGAUGAAACCUUGGAAGUCCCUAAUGCUGUACUGCUCUACCUCACUGGCAAUAAGUGAGGCAAUAACUGAGAAUUGAGUGUUUAUUGUCCACUGGCCAUUGGACACUCUUGUGCUCAGCUGAGGAGGCCCCUUUCCAGAAAAUGAAUGUUUAAUCAGCAUUUUUUUAUUUUACUAAAAGCUACACUUUUGUAAAUGAGCCUGUGUUAGUACAAACAGCUCUGCCAGACUAUUCACGAGUCCAGUUGACAGCUCAUGGACAUCACGUCACCCUUUUUUAUCCGUGUACAUUGGCCCUCCUCUCAUGUUCAUGGUUUAACUGUUUUUGAAUCACGCUGUAUAUUGUGGAUGCCAGAUUUGCACUGUCUACCUACUGUGCAGCAUGUAACGUGUGUGUGUUGUUAGGGGUGUUUUAGUUAAUUAGAGGGAUGAUUGGUUUUGUCAGACAUAUAGAGUUUUCAUAUAAAAAUGCACAACAUAAAUGGCAGCUCUUGGCAUUUGGUUUGAAACUGACAGCCUCUUGUAAUAAAACAAUUUCCAACUAAUUUUAGCCUGAAACCUAUUUUAGCCGCUAUUUUUAAAAUAAUUUUUCAUGUUUUAUCUCAGUUAAGGCUUCCAGUUUCUGGCCAUAGUGCCAAGCAUGCGAUACAGGUUGUAUUUUUGGUUAAAACUUGUUUCUCUUAUACAAGAACACAGUGCUAAUAAGUGGUGCACUAUGACAGCUACACUUGGUUUUGAGAGUAAAAUGAGUAGGUGAGCAGAAAUGACUUCACUAAUGAUCUGUAAGGACUAACUGCUACCUCAGAGGUGUUACAGUAUUAGCAAGAAAAUUAUAAAACAUUUUUAGACUUUACAUGAUUUCACAUUUAACUGUAUGGUUUUGGAAGAGAUUAAUUCAAGUCUGUCACUUUCUGCACAGUAAAAAAAAACCCUAACAUUUCUGAGCACCUUUAAACUGAGAGUUUAGAACACAAUAUCCAAGAAUGACUGAUUUUUUUUUCAUUCAUUUGUGGACAUUGUGCCACCUAAAGCAAGUCAUGCCUUUUUUUUGUCCAUUUACUUCUCAAAUGUUGCAGCUUGUCUGAAAUAAAAUUGAGUUCCAUCCA